UUUCAGCCGCGUACCCCUCCCCUCGUCCUCCUGACGUCGCCGCUGACAAGGGCACAAUUCACUACAACUCCCGAAGCCCACGAUUUUGCACCGGGCAGGGCGGUGGACGCGAGUAUACAGUCGAUUACAAAGAACAUUCCACAGGAUUCUCGAAGGGCCCAAGUUUUCCUUUUUUGUGGGUAGGAGCGGGAACGGGGAGGAACUCAAGACGCUGCAGGAGCCCAGCCGACCACCGCCCCAGCACCGAGGGGGUUUGGGGCGCUGCAGCGGUUGGGGCUGGAGACUUCUACUGCUAAAAAUACGAGGGAAGUCCCCGGGGACGCGAAUGGUCGCCGUGCGGAGCGAUGGCCACUGCCACUGGUCCUUGUCCUUGAUUGCGUUUGCAGUGUCCAGCGGUCCAGAGACGACGCCGGAAAGCCUGGGAGACCAUUCCCAAACUUCUGGAGACCUGCUCGCAGUUUCGCUUUCGGAAUUUUGGGGAUCUUUGGGUUUCUAGAGUUGGGUGGGAUUCCGGGAAGGCAAGGCGACGUCCGUUGCCUCGUCGUGCGGUGCUCCGACUUCUCUCCGGUCCCUGCGUCCCCUAGAUUCGCCUGCGUGUAUUUCGCCGCGCUGUGCGAGGGUUUCGGGCUCCCUGGCCCGCGCGCCGCCCCCGCGCCGCAUUCGGAGGGCUCCCGCCGCGCAGCCGCGGCGGAUCCGGAGCCCAGUGGUGGGAAACCGUUUUCGACGAGGGCCCGCAUCGCUUGGAUCCGGAACCAUCACCGCUGCCCUCCGCUCUCCCACACCCCUCCACCCUUGCACGGUAGCCAGGGGACCUGGGGGGACCGAUUGGCCUGUCUACAAGGAGUGAAUGGAUCCUGGUUCCACCAGUGCCCCUAAAGGACUCUGAGAAGAAAUACAAAGCCAUGGAGACAUCCCUUUAAGCACAAGUCCAUGAGAUUGUUUAGUUGAUACAGGAUGCUUACCAGGUCUGAGAAGUCCAUGUAAUGAAAAUUCAAACUUUCCAGAGCCUACACUUAAGGCUAAAAGGUAAUUCUCCCUGCAGGAUGAACUAAGGGAAGAGGACACUUACUGGUCAGGCAUGGAGAGCAGUUUGCCAGUUUCCAGCAUGCAAGACCCUUCAUCCUCACCCUCGGAAAAGCACGUCGGCUCAGCUAAUGGCAACGGAGAUCUUGAUUCAGAAGAAGGUUCAAGCUUGGAGGAAAUUGGCUUUAACUGGGGAGAGUAUCUGGAAGAGACGGGCGCUCGGGCAGCUCCCCACACAUCCUUCAAGCAUGUUGAAAUCAGCCUUCAGAGCAACUUCCAGCCGGGAAUGAAAUUGGAAGUGGCUAAUAAGAGCAACCCGGACACCUACUGGGUGGCUACGAUCAUCACCACCUGCGGGCAGCUGCUGCUUCUGCGCUACUGCGGUUACGGGGAGGACCGCAGGGCUGACUUCUGGUGUGACGUGGUCAUAGCGGAUCUGCACCCCGUAGGGUGGUGCACGCAGAACAACAAGGUGUUGAUGCCCCCAGAUGCAAUCAAGGAGAAGUACGCAGACUGGACUGAAUUCCUCAUACAUGAUUUGACUGGUUCGCGGACGGCACCUGCCAACCUGCUGGAAGGUCCUCUGCGAGGGAAAGGCCCUAUAGACCUCAUUACAGUUGAUUCCUUAAUAGAACUUCAGGAUUCUCAGAACCCUUUUCAGUACUGGAUAGUUAGUGUGAUUGAAAAUGUUGGAGGAAGAUUACGCCUUCGCUAUGUGGGAUUGGAGGACACUGAAUCCUAUGACCAGUGGUUGUUUUACUUGGAUUACAGACUUCGACCAGUUGGUUGGUGUCAAGAGAAUAAAUACAGAAUGGACCCACCUUCAGAAAUCUAUCCUUUGAAGAUGACCUCUGAGUGGAAAUGUGCUCUGGAAAAAUCCCUUAUUGUUGCUGCAGAAUUUCCUCUUCCAAUGGAAGUGUUUAAGGAUCAUGCAGAUUUGCGAAGCCAUUUCUUCACAGUUGGGAUGAAGCUAGAGACAGUGAAUAUGAGUGAGCCAUUUCAUAUCUGUCCUGCAUCAGUGACUAAGGUUUUUAACAAUCAUUUUUUUCAAGUGACUAUUGAUGACCUAAGACCAGAACCUAAUAAACUCUCAGUGCUGUGUCAUGCGGAUUCUUUGGGGAUUUUGCCAGUACAAUGGUGCCUUAAAAACGGAGUCAAUCUCACUCCUCCUAAAGGUUACUCCAGCCAGGACUUUGACUGGGCAGAUUAUCACAAGCAGCACGGAGCAGAAGAAGCACCUCCCUUCUGUUUUAGAAAUACGUCAUUCAGUCGGGGUUUCACGAAGAACAUGAAACUGGAAGCCGUGAACCCCAGGAACCCAGGAGAACUCUGCGUGGCCUCUGUGGUCAGCGUGAAGGGGCGGCUGAUGUGGCUCCACCUGGAAGGUCUGCAGACUCCUGUGCCAGAGGUCAUUGUCGAUGUGGAGUCCAUGGAUAUCUUCCCAGUGGGCUGGUGUGGAGCUAAUUCUUACCCUCUGACAACACCACACAAGACAGUCUCCCAAAAGAAAAGAAAGAUUGCAGUUGUGCAGCCAGAAAAACAAUCGCCAUCCACAGUGCCUGUUGAGAAAAUACCUCAUGACCUUUGCUUAUUCCCUCACCUGGACUCCACAGGAACCGUCAACGGGAAGUACUGCUGCCCGCAGCUGUUCAUCAACCACCGGUGUUUCUCAGGCCCCUACCUGAACAAAGGCAGGAUCGCAGAGCUACCUCAGUCGGUGGGGCCCGGCAAGUGUGUGCUGGUUCUUAAAGAGGUUCUUAGCAUGAUAAUCAAUGCAGCCUACAAGCCUGGAAGGGUGUUAAGAGAAUUGCAAUUGGUGGAAGAUCCACACUGGAAUUUCCAGGAGGAGACACUGAAAGCCAAGUACAGAGGUAAAACGUACAGGGCUGUGGUCAAGAUUGUACGAACAUCUGACCAAGUGGCAAAUUUCUGCCGACGAGUUUGUGCCAAGCUAGAAUGCUGUCCAAAUCUGUUUAGUCCUGUGCUGGUUUCUGGAAACUGCCCAGAGAACUGUUCCAUUCACACCAAAACCAAAUACACCUAUUAUUAUGGAAAGAGAAAGAAGAUCAUUAAGCCCCCAAUUGGGGAAAGCAGCAUUGAGAGUGGACACCCUAAACCAGCCCGAAGAAGGAAACGACGAAAAUCCAUUUUUGUGCAGAAGAAACGGAGAUCUUCGGCUGUGGACUUAACCGCAGGCUCUGGGGAGGAAAGUGAAGAGGAGGACGCGGACCCGCUGGACGAGGACACUGCGAGCGAGGAGACUGGCUCCGAGCUCCGAGAUGACCAGACCGACACCUCGUCGGCCGAGGUGCCCUCCACGCGGCCACGGAGGGCGGUCACCCUGCGUGGUGGCCCAGAGCCCGCGCGGCGGCCGGUGGAGAGGGCGCGCAGGGGCCGUGUGGCUCAGGCCACUCCUGCGGAGGAGGAGGACAGGGGUCCUGCGGCCAGGACAGAGGGCACCGAGGAAACCAAACAGGAGGAGGAGGAGAGGCUUGUCUUGGAGAGCAACCCAUUGGAGUGGACGGUCACCGACGUGGUGAGGUUCAUUAAGCUGACAGACUGUGCCCCCUUGGCCAAGAUCUUUCAGGAACAGGACAUUGAUGGCCAAGCGCUCCUCCUGCUGACUCUCCCUACAGUGCAGGAGUGCAUGGAGCUGAAGCUGGGACCUGCCAUCAAGUUAUGCCAUCAGAUCGAGAGAGUGAAAGUGGCUUUCUACGCCCAGUAUGCCAACUGACUCCCCCGCUUGGGACCUGGCCUAUGAUCUUUUGUGAUGCUUUAUGAAGGUUUUCGGGACUGAGACUUUGGUUUUCCCAGGAUAUAGAAGAUGCUCCAUUCACUAAGUAUCUCCAGAAGCCAGAGCCCAGCACCUCCCUCUCCAGCCUAUUUGAUGUUUCCGUGUUUUGAAAGCACACUGACGUCCCACAGGAGUAACUUCUACACAGUGUAAUUACAGUUCUGCAUCAGCCCCUGCCAGGAUACGGAAGAGCUGCUCUGUAUACACACGUCUCGCCUUUCUCCCACCCCAAACCAGGCAGCUUCCUGAGAACAAGCUUUCCUAACACGCAGCCCAUGUUCUUUGAUAACUGGGAUGGGCACAUAUGUGGCUAAGGAGGACUCCUAAUACCUUGCCAGUAGCUUUUGCUGUAAUUGUUCUCAGAUGCUUCCUGUCAAUACAUGUGACCCUGAUUUAAUGUCAUGGUUUAGCACUGUGGUUUGAUCUUGGUGGUAGCUCCCUUCUCCAACAGCUGUGGACACAGAUGUUUCAGGAUGUUGAUCAAAAAAGACAUGCUAAACCUCCACAUCUAAUUCUCUAUCAGAGGUGCCUUUUAGAAAGUAUGGGGGACAAUAGGAGGCUGGCAUCUCAUCAAAAGAUACCCUUGAGUGAUUGAAGCACUACCCACAGUCCCCUAGAGGGCCACAGUAUCACCAUAGUCCUACUUUAAUUUUAAACAGAUCUACGAGUGACUACUUUCGGGAAGCGUGAAAAUGUGUAUUGAAGGAAAAACUUAAUUUCAGAGAGCAAGAAUGGGAAUAGAUUUGGGGGAAGCAUUUCAUGAACUAGCUCCCUCCACCCUUAGACGGAUUACUGCAGCAGAUCACUGUGAGUCACUCUGAGCAUCCCUUCAGCUCGUUCCACCCUGACUUUUCCAGGCACACGGAGGAUGGAGUCCCUUGAGCAGUUUGGUUAUAUUGGCUAAGUUGCUGUGGACAAAUCGAUGGCUCUGAGAGUUGGCUGUCCUUUUAUACCCAGCACUUCCUCUGUGCAUGCUCAUGAGUGAUUCAGUAUGUUCAUGCAACCCAAAGCGACUGCCACUCUGAUGUGGCUGCCUGAUGCCUUUUUUACACCUUCAUGUUGUCCCUAAGUGGGCACUCACGGCAGAGGCUUAGUUCCUUUUUUUUUUUUUUUUGACUUUGUUGUUAUUUUGUUUUAAAUAUAGUUGUGUUGAAUGUUUUCUCUUUAACUCGCAUCUCAGCAGUUCCAGUAAUACAGCAUGGCGGGCUCAUUAGCUGCUUAUAUUUCAGUGACAUUUUUAAGGUGCGAUUAUUGGUUAAACUUUGAAAACUUCAGUUACUCCUGCUAACCUCUCUUACCAUUCUGUAACAGUUACAGAUGAAAUGGAAAACACAUACUUUGUGACCGAGACUUUUUAGUCUCCCCUGUAGCGGAUUUCUACCCUCACGUUUUAAAUGUUUGGUGGAUGGAUCUACCUGGGGACCUCUGAUGGAAAGGAGUCCCACCUGGUGUUGGAGGAUGAACAUGUCCUUGGCGAUUGAUGGUCAGCUUGCUAUAGGAUAUCCGACUCCUCAAGUUUUGGCCAUUCUUCAGUUUCCCACGCCUGCCUUCUCAGCCACCUUGCUUGUGGCCUUAAGAGCUCAGUCCUGAGGAGUUAAAUUCGGUCCACUGAUUGGAAAGGGUGUCCAUUUCAAGAUCCAUGGCAUUUUCUCUGCUCACUCCUUUGUGAUCCUUCACUGGGGCCUUUUGCAUUUGAAAUGGGGAUGGAGACAUGUGGUGGCUAUGGCAUCACAUUGUACUUUGAGAACGAGCGUCACCUUAUGCCCUUUCCAGUAACCACCUGGAGGAGGAGGUGCUACAUCAGAGUAAGGAGAUCUUCUGGAGUCUCCUGUGCUCACCCAGAGAGCCAGAGGACCAACCAUCAGGAAGCCCAGAGUGGAAAUAGCCACCAUUGCUGGGGGAUACUUCUUGCUUCCCCAGGAGCUCACUGUCCAAGACUCUCCUUUUCCUUGUGACCUGGAGGUUAAUGUCCUUCUCUCUCUCUGUGGCACUUCAGUUUUAUGUGCACAUGCUGAGGAGAUGGCUGUAACCAGAAGAGGACCCAGCGCUGGAACCAUCAUGGAGGUGUCUGUGUGCCAUCCCCCAGCCCUCCAGGAGAGCUGUGAGACAUUUUAGGACCAAGGAGGUGCUUUUCCUCCGAGAGUUGCCAGUGUCCUCAUGAACUUGGGUUCUUUAUGAAUUUUCACCAUGGUGGGGGCCGUAUUUCACAUCAGCAGCAAUUCUGUCACAGAAUUGUAAAGUGGUCCUCAUUUCUCUCUAGAUUCACCUCUCACCAGCUUCUUUCUUAAAGAUAAAGCCAGUGUCCAAGGAGUAUUUUGCUAUGUUGUAUCCUUGUUCCUUAUGGCAGGAAAUAAACAAAAAAAGAAUUUUAUUCCUAUACCCCAAUGCCACCAUAGCCCAGAAGCCAAAAAUGUCUUGGUUUGAACAACAACAGAUGAUGAACCCUGCUCCUUCCCUGGAUGGCACUGUUUCUUUAUCUCUCUUUAAUCAUCCUCUGGGACCAAAUCCUCUCCUGUACGCAUCUGGACCAUGCGUACAUCAUGCCACUCAGUACCUCCCAGGCCGGCCGAGGAGACCCCUCGCAGGCUGCAAACAACCCGAGAAACAAACACCACCUCAGCUGUAGUAAGAAGAGUCCAUUGCUCAAUCCCGCCCUAAAGCUAAGGAUGCUCGUUUCAGCCCCUGACCUCUUGACUCAUUUGUACCAUGUUGUAAAAAGAGAAUAAAACCUACCAACCCAAAAAAAGCAGGGUAGCACCGGCACUGUGGGGCUGCUUUGGUUUUCAACGGCGGUUUCCUUCACCAUGGAGCGCCUGGGCUCGGAGACCUGAUCUGUCCUGUGAUCCAAGUUUGAGUCACACAGUAUUUGAGCUGUACAGCAAUUUAGGUUCUGCUACCUUCUUUGAUCAUAUCUAAAAGAUCAUUUCCUGUGCUCACUUCGAUUUGUUCCUCUGUAAAUUAAAAUGAUUCCAACCCUUAACACUGCCACCUCUGACCUUUGGUCCAGUCUCCAGGUUGGAUUUGCUCAGCCUGGUGAAGAUUGGUCUGUCUGCUAAUUUGUCUCGUAGAACUUCGAGUGUUGUAUGAGGCAAGUGCUGGAUUUGCCUUCUUAUACCAAACACCCCUUUCUAAGAGCUGUUCUCCCUUAGUUUUGGAAGCACUAGGGGUUUUCAUACUUAUUUUGUAGAACACCUGUUUAUAUUUAUUUCUGUAUAUAGAACUAAAGCAAAGCACAGGAGUGUUAAGGUCUUUGCUUGGCUUGAACAUCAUGACUGCUUUCAGGUUAAGAUGGUACAUCGAGGCUCUGAUUUCUCUAUAUUCUGUUCUUAGAAAGCUGUGAUCGAGUGUGCAAUUAUUUGAAAGGAACAAAGAGUAAAUUAAGAUAUCUGGAGUUUUUAAGGACCAAAUCUGGAGAGAGGUCCAUCCUGCCCGUAUCCCUCUGCUAUGAUGAAACAACAGCAAGGGAAAGUUGUGUUGGCAUCUAUUAACAGUUCAAUGAUUCUCUAGUUUAUUCACUGUUCAUCUCUUGUUUAAAAGUUUUCUGAAAACUGCUCCCUUUAAUUUGGUGAAGAUUUCAAGUCGAUUAAUUCUCAUAGCUUGCAUCACUGGAGUAGUUUGCCACUUAUCCAAAAUACGGUAUGAUAAAAUCAAAUUGUAUUCUUUUUGAACUGUGUUUUAACAAAAUAAUUCUCUGAAAAUGAUCGUUGCUAAUGCUUGGCCGCCAUCUUGGGUUUGGGCUGUAGUUUAAGUGAUAGACAGUAACUCCAACAAUUUCUGGAGCUGUUGUCUUCUGGGUUUUUUGGUUUUGUUUGUUUGUUUUUGGUGGCUAGGGUUCAGCACCAGUGAGCAUGCAGAUGGCUUCCCAUCACCAAGGCAGGUGAGUACUCCGUUUGGGCUGAAGAGCUACACUAAAGAACCAGAGAAGUUCCCGGACAGUCGUUUGCUGAAAAAGUUCCCUUCUGAUGGAAAGUGUGAAGCAAAUGUUUUAACUAAUAGAAAAGGUAGUCAUCUCACGUGUUGUUCCCAGUGGAAGCUCGCAUGAUAUAUCUAGAAGCAUAAACUCCCUCGUCGUGACUGUCGAAAGCCCUUUUAACUUUUCUGCAUUCCAGUUCAAGUAGUUUGUAUUGGGGUUUGAUUUCUAUCUUGUGUAUGUUUUGGUGCAUAAAAGGGAAGAAUCGGUGUCUUUACUUUUGAAAUUUGCAGGACAGAGGGCAUGCUGUUAGUUUGCUGUAAGAUUGUAUUCUGUAUAUAUGUUUUCAUGUAAAUAAAUGAAAAUCUAUAUCAGAGUUAUAUUUUAAUUUUUAUUCUAAAUGAAAAAAAAAACCUUUUUACUU